UGUUAGCUUGGUGUAAUGCUGCUUUCUGACACUGACGGCUAUGUUAAUACUCAAGCACCCGUUCUACAGACAUUAUCACACUCUGUCACUGCUUUCCUGUGGCAUGCUAACCGUUUGCUUCUGUGUUUGCAGGGUUUUGUUAAAGUAGUGAAAAACAAGGCCUACUUUAAGAGAUACCAAGUCAAAUUCAGGAGGAGGAGAGAGGGAAAGACUGACUUUUUCGCUCGCAAGCGCCUGGUUGUUCAGGACAAGAACAAGUACAACACGCCGAAGUACCGCAUGAUCGUCCGCUUCACCAACAGGGACAUCAUCUGCCAGAUUGCCUAUGCAAAGAUUGAGGGAGACAUGAUCGUGUGCGCCGCCUACUCGCACGAACUGCCAAAGUACGGGGUCACCGUGGGCUUAACCAACUACGCAGCAGCCUACUGCACUGGCCUGCUGCUGGCCCGCAGACUUCUGAACAAGUUCGGCCUGGAUAAGGUGUACGAGGGCCAGGUGGAGGUGACUGGGGACGAGUUCAAUGUGGAGAGCAUCGACGGUCAGCCGGGAGCUUUCACCUGCUACCUGGACGCCGGGCUCGCCAGGACCACCACGGGCAACAAGGUGUUCGGCGCUCUGAAGGGGGCUGUGGACGGGGGCCUGUCCAUCCCACACAGCACCAAGCGUUUCCCUGGUUACGACACAGAGAGCAAGGAGUUCAAUGCUGAGGUUCACCGUAAGCACAUCAUGGGCCUGAACGUGUCUGAGUACAUGAGCUACCUGAUGGAAGAGGACGAGGAGGCGUACAAGAGGCAGUUCUCCCGCUUCAUCAAGAACGGAGUCACCCCAGAAUCGAUUGAGGAGAUGUACAAAAAGGCUCAUGCUGGUAUUCGUGCAAACCCUGUUCAUGAAAAGAAGCCUCCCAAGGAGAUCAAGAAGAAGAGGUGGAACCGUGCCAAGCUUUCUCUGGCCCAGAGGAAGGACCGCGUCGCCCAGAAGAAGGCCAGCUUCCUUCGGGCUCAGGAACAGGAGGAGGCAGACUGAGGCGUCUGCUCCGUUCCAAACGCAGAAAUUUGUUCUAAUAAAUAUGGAAAAGACGUCA